AUGCUUUCUGUUAAAGAAAAUGUUUCUAUUACAAUAAGAGUCUUUGAAACUGUAUUUGCAAUUAUUUUAAUUGGAUUAACUGCAUCAAAUAUUGAAAGAAUUGAUGAUUAUGUUGCAAGAAUUACUUAUUCUUUAGUUAUUAAUGUAUUAGAUAUGAUUUAUUUUUCAUAUUAUGGGUUUUUUGUACCAGUUGCAAUGAAUGGUGAAACUCCAUCAUUUCUUAUUUUAUUAUGUGACUUUAAUUUUUUUGUUUUAUAUUUGGCUUCAUGGGGAUCUUAUGCUGCAAAUUUCCCAACAUGUGGUGAUGGUAAUGUUAAUUGGGGUACUACUUCAGAAUCAACUUGUCAAAUUUAUCAAACUACAAUGGCUCUUACAAUUGUUCAAUGGGUGUUGUAUGCUUUAGAUUUUUCUUUGUUCUUGGGUUACAGUUAUGUUCCAGAAGUUGUUAGAUAUGGUAUUUUCCAUUGUUUCGGUUUAAGUCCAUUUUAUUGGGGUUCUAUUUUUACCAAUUUCCCACCAAGAACAAGACGUAGAUGCUUUGGUCUUUUUUGGAGAAAAGCUGAUAGUGCUUUAAGUUCAAAAAAAGCAACUGAUAUGGAAGAAAAUAGAGCUAGACCAAGUCAAAGAGUUGUUUCAAACGAAGCUGGUGUUUCAGAAGCUAAUAAUGAACCAAAUAAUGAACCGGUUGGGGAUAGCCAAGAAGUUGUCAAUUCAGCUGAAACACCUAAAACCACAGAAGCUACUGCUGCUGUAUGA